CGUCACAAUCGGAGCAGUGUAUCGUGUGAUCUGCUGGUCAGCUGGUAAAAAGAUGAAUCCGGUACUGUGCGAUUUCAUUGCCGGUUCCUUCGGUGGGGCCUGUGGUUUGCUGGUGGGGCAUCCGAUGGACACUAUUAAGGCAUGGCAGCAAAACUCAAACUACGGCAUGGGCAGCGCUAUGUAUAACAUCAUCAUACGCAACAACGGUCUCAAAGGAUUCUACCGUGGAAUGUACUUCCCGCUACUAUCGAACGGUGCCUUGAAUUCGGUCGUCUUUGCCGUGUACGGUUCCCAUUUGCGCUAUCUACAGAAGCACACAAGAUCGGAUCGGCUACGGAAAGCUUACUGGAGGAAGCAUGUGUUUCUGGCAGGUUCCAUGGCAGGAUUGGCACAAGUGUUUCUUGCCUGCCCGAUCGAGGUGGUUAAGGUACGACUGCAGACCCUGUCCUUUAUCGGUCAUCCCUGGGCCUGCCUGAAGGAUAUUUUCCGACGCGAAGGACUGUCGGGUAUUUAUCGUGGCAUCACACCGAUGAUGUUCCGUGAUGUGCUACCGUACGGUGUGUACAUGUACGUGUACGAGUACAUGCUGGAAAUUGAGGAACGGUUGCACCGACUCAGCAAGGAACGGCUUACCGGUGUUCCGAUCGGUGGUGCUCUACAGGCAUCGCUGAUAGCGACUGCUGGUGCCGUCGCCGGUGUUGCCUCGUGGAUGUUUAUCGUACCAUUCGAUGUGGUCAAAACGGUCAUGCAGGCAGAAACGGAUCCUUCCGUACACAAGAGCAUGAUGCACUGUUUCCGAUCGAUGAUUAAGAAGCAUGGAUGGCGCUCACUAUUUCGAGGCAGUCUGGUCAUUAUUGCUCGUGCGGCUCCCGUCAAUUCGGCUACCUUUCUCGGUUACGAGUACUGUCUGGAGAAGUGUCACCAUCUGCUAGAUGAGAAGUGAAUAGAAACGAUCGAUUAGUGUCGAUCAUCGUUCGCGUAUAAUUGUGUUGUGUGAUCGAAAGGUUUGGAGUUGUGGAAUUGUGCCAAGGUUGUGUACACAGUGAUGUAUAAUAUUUGUACCUUAAUAUUCAAUAAUCUAGUGUUAAGUCUGUAUAAUAAAUCUUAAAGCGCUCGAUAUUUGCGCUAAUGCUGACUAAA